GAAGAUAUAGAUAGAUAAGGUCCCAUAUGAUUCGGACAUUUCUAGAAUCCGCAUUACCUGCUUCCGGCACGUCAACUCUCCACCCCCUCUUUCCUUUUCUUCCACAUUUAGCUUCCUCGAUCGUCGGUACGGAUAAUUCUGCUCUCUCCUUUAUUUUGCUUUCUCUGCAUCCAAACAAAACUUAAUCCGAGAAAACUCCAUUCAACUGGAACUCGGAUUCCUCUCCCCUGAUACCAUUUUCAGUUUUCACACACACAAACACAAUCACACACACACACACACCCACUUUCCUUUUUAAUUCCUUCUUCUUGGGAAUCUAACCUUUGUCUUUCAAUCACUGUUCGUACUUAUCCACUUCUCAACGCCACCCCUGUUUUUUCCUCCCAAGUCUUUUCAUUUCCCUCGCUUCCAGCCGUCAUCGGAGGGUGGUUCGUUUUGAUUUUUGAGUCUUCAAUUCUGGGUGUUUUUUGUUUUUGAUGAAUAUGGCCCAACAAGAUCCUCGAUCUGGGGUUUUCCAUGAGAUUUCCUCUCUGCUUUUGAAAAUUCUACGAUCGCCGCCUCCUCCCGUGCCCUUCUCCGAUCAUGUUUUGGAAUUGUCUUCUGUUAUUUCUUCGUCGUCCUCGAGAAUUUUGCCUUCUUCUCAGAUGACCCCAGCUGGAUUUGCGGCUUUGCUUUUGGGGAUUUCUUUGGCUUUGAUGCUUUGUGGAUCGGUUACUUUCUUCCUUGGCUUCAUGUUGAUGCCUUGGAUUCUUGUUUUGGUGAUGAUUUUUUAUGUGGUUGGCAUUGUCUCUAGCCUCUCUGUGUUGGGUCGCUCUUUAAUUUGUUGUUUUACAGCUCCAACGCCUCGGAAAGAUUUUCACGGUUGGAAACAAAUGUAAAUAUGAAGAAACCUUGGUUCAACCAGACAGUUGAUGAAUUAUUUACCAGAGGAUGGAGUGCGCGGUGCCUACAGAAGAAUCAGAGUAAAAAUGCCCUUGUGAAUGAAUGGUGCUGCCUCUAGAAAUAUAUAGGCAAGAAGAUGAAGUUUGAAUUGUUUACCACAGUUUGUUGUUUUUUUAAACUUGUGGGUGUGACAAUUGUGUUAAGGAUCUUCCUACUUUUGAGACUGUUUUCAGUCCAUUUCUUCCAUUGUUUUCUUCAAGUCUUUUGAUCAUAUAUAUGUAACUGCCACGAUUUGAAAUGCCUGUUAGGCAAUCAAUCAAAGAAAAAGAACAACGAUAUCGAAA